AUGAACGAAGACGAUUUAUUAAAUGACCCUCAAAUAAAAAAUAGCACACUUCCAAAGGAAGAAGAACAAAAUACCCCCCUCCCCCCCAAACCUAAAAUUUCUCUGCUAGAAAUUACAUUUGAUAUUAAUCAAGUGGAAAGAGCUUACAGUAAUGGUUCACAUAAUUUUACAAUAAAAUUUGAAGAAACAUUUAUUUUCCAAGAAAAAAAAAUUGAGCAGAUAAUUAUUAAAGGAAGUAAAAUUGAUUCAUUUUCCCAACAAGGUAAAUUAGAAGUUGGAAAAAGAGUAGUUAUUUCAGGUAUUAAGAUAGGCAAAGAAUUAAGUUUACACACAGCUAAUAUAUUCAAUUCUGAUGGUCUAUGUACCUUGAAAAUUAACAAUGAUGAUUCUUUUGCCGAAAUCAAAUCGGUAACUAGCACUUAUGGUGGGGUUUCAGCCAAAAAUGAAGCCCUGUGGAAAGAGGAAAAUAGUUUAGAUCAAUUAGCGAUUGAACUUUUGGAUAUUAUUGAAAAAAAUAAACAGAUUUGCCAAGAGGCUCAAACAUUAGGAUUGAAUUUGCCGACUAUUUCAAAUGAUGUUCUAAAACCUUUUCAGCAAGUUUUUUUUAAAGAAUUCAAUGAUAAAUUGCCUCUCGAUAACCCGAUAAACCGCGAUGUUGAUUCGGCUAAUCAAAAUGUUCGACAACAAAAAAUGAAUAUCAAAGCCAAUGUUUACAGGAUUUAUGACCGCAAUAUAAAAGCAUUAACAGAUGCCAAAAAAAAUGAACCUUCGGUUCCAAAUAACGAAUUAGAAAAAUUAAAAAAUAAAGUCAUGGUUGCCAUAAAUGAAGUAUUGAGCGAUAAUAAUAAUUUACAAAAUAUUAAUUUGACUACUUUCGAAAAUGGCGAAUACCUAAAUUGA